AUGUCGUCAACGAAUUCAAACAAGAACGAGAAAUCCGACGAUAACGGAGGAGGCCGAGGCGUCAAAUUCGGUACCGAUGUAGUCUACGAUGAUUCUUACGCAGCUGGUGGGGAUGAAUCGGAAUACGUUUCCUCGUUGCCAACCGAGGAAGAAGAGAGGCUUAUGCAAGCCAAGGGUGUCAGUGAGCGUGAGGAAUUAGAUAAUUUUGAUGAAGGACGUGUGAGCAAUCAUCCAAGUACCCUUGCAGCAUCCAGGAACAGCGCGGAAGACAAGGGGGAUGAUCUCGAUCCUUUUGCAAAUGCUACGGGAGGUUCAGGUCUGGUCAAUACAAGAAUUUCGGAUAGGGAGAGUGAAUACCAAAGGCGCCGCAACAAUCGAGUCUUGCGGGAAGAUGGUCUCAGCUUCAAGGAUGCAAUGAAGCAAGCAAAUGUAGAAAAAGAAAAAGACGAAUUGAUCCGAGAAAUCAAGAAAGACCUUGAUGAACAAGCUGAGCAAGCUCCAGGAGAAACACAGGGCGAGGAAAUUUCAAAAGAAACAAAGGAAGAGGGCACAGUGAAGAGACGCAAGCGAAGGUGGGAUCAAGGUUCUGGGACACCAAACACUACUACUGCUGAAGCGGACGCAGCGAUGGUUUCGGACUCGGAAACUGUCGAAUCCUCCAAGGGGUCCAAGUGGGACGAGGAAGCACCCGGCAAGUCUAGGAGGCGUAAGCGUUGGGACGAGACCCCGGUGUCUUCUUCUGUCUCGGCUGCAACACCUCUAAACGCUCCAGGUGCCACACCUGUCUCGAGUUCCGCAAGAAAGUGGGAUGAAACUCCAAUGAUCGGCGGAGGAGCAGCGGUUACCGCUACACCAGUGGCGGGGGCUGGACAAAAGAGCAAUCGCUGGGAUGCUACGCCAGUGGCUUCCACAGUGCAACCCGGAGUUCCUCAGACACCCUUGGGAGGAAAUCUCAAGGCACUUGCUCUUGAGCGAGAGAUGGAAUCUAGAAACCGACCUUGGUCAGAUGCUGCACUAGAUGCGAUUCUGCCAUCCGAAGGCUAUGUAAUCAUUUCGCCACCUCAGAACUAUAUUCCUCUCCGAACCCCUGGUCGAAAGCUGCUCGCUACUCCAACACCAAUGGCAAUGACUCCUCAAGGAUUCCAAAUGGAAAUUCCCGUUGAACAAAGACAAGAUGCUUCUGUACAGGAGAUUCGGGAGGCAUACGGUGUCCCAUUAGCUGCAACGGCCAGUGAGACCGGAGAUGCAAGCGCAUUGCCUUACAUCAAGCCCGAAGAUAUGCAAUACUUUGGAAGACUCAUGGAAGAUACCGAAGAAGAAAAAUUGAGUAAGGAAGAAGUCAAAGAGCGACAGAUCAUGGCGCUACUUCUGAAGAUCAAGAACGGUACUCCCCCACAACGAAAGACGGCAAUGCGCCAAAUAUCUGACAAGGCCCGAAGUUUUGGUGCAGGAUCUCUGUUCAAUCAAAUUCUACCCUUGUUGAUGAGUCCGACAUUGGAAGAUCAAGAACGCCACUUGCUGGUGAAAGUGAUUGAUCGUGUUCUCUACAAACUAGACGACCUUGUGAGGCCAUAUGUCCACAGAAUCCUAGCUGUGAUCGAGCCACUCCUCAUCGACGAGGACUACUAUGCUCGAGUGGAAGGCCGAGAAAUUAUUAGUAACUUGGCAAAGGCAGCAGGUCUUGCGACUAUGAUAGCAACAAUGAGACCAGACAUUGACAGUCCCGAAGAGUACGUUCGAAAUACAACAUCACGUGCUGUUGCGGUUGUUGCAAGCGCUCUUGGGAUCCCAUCUCUUCUUCCAUUCCUAAAAGCAGUAUGUCAGUCACGAAAAUCGUGGCAAGCUCGUCACACUGGAAUCAAGAUCGUGCAGCAAAUUGCUCUUUUAAUGGGUGUUGCAAUCCUUCCAUAUCUUCGAGAGCUGGUUGAAAUCGUCAGUCACGGUCUUGUGGACGAUAUGCAAAAGGUUCGCAUCAUCACUGCCUUGACUUGCGCCGCCCUUGCCGAGGCUGCCCACCCGUACGGUAUCGAGAGUUUCGAUUCUGUUAUCCGACCAUUGUGGAAGGGAGCGUUGGAUCAUCACGGAAAGGCACUCGCAGCUUUCUUGAAGGCUGUUGGUUUCAUCAUCCCGCUGAUGGAAGAAAGCUACGCCAGUCACUAUACAAGACUGGUCAUGCCUAUUCUUCUACGAGAGUUUCAUUCUCCAGAUGAAGAAAUGAAGAGAAUUGUUCUGAAGGUCAUUCAACAGUGUGUUGCCACAGCUGGAGUCGAGCCAGACUACAUUCGAACUGAAAUCUUGCCAGAGUUUUUCAAGAACUUUUGGAUCCGCCGUAUGGCACUCGAUAGGCGCAACUACAAUCAAGUCGUUGAGACUACAGAAGAACUUGCUAACAAGGUUGGAUGCUCUGACAUAAUUAGUCGAAUCGUUGACGACCUCAAGGAUGACUCUGAACCUUAUCGUCGCAUGGUGAUGGAAACUGUUAAGAAAGUACUUGAGAACUUGGGUGCCGGAGAUAUCGAUGAGCGCCUCGAGGAGAGAUUGAUCGACGGUAUUCUUUAUGCAUUCCAAGAACAGGCAGUUGAUGCCAGUGUGACUGGUGCUGGUAACCUUGGCAGAGAAAGUCAGAUUAUGCUUGAUGGCUUUGGGGCCGUGGUGGUAGCCUUGGGAGUACGCUGCAAACCAUACCUCAAGCAAGUCGCAGGAACUGUCAAAUGGCGUUUGAAUAACAAGGCUGCGACUGUGAGAAUGCAAGCGGCAGACUUGGUUGCUCGUAUUGCUGUUGUCAUGAAAGCCUGUGAUGAGGACCAGUUGAUGGGGCAUCUCGGAGUUGUUCUUUACGAGUACCUCGGAGAAGAAUACCCAGAGGUUCUUGGUUCUAUCCUCAGUGCAUUGAAAGCAAUUGUAAACGUUAUUGGUAUGACACAAAUGACGCCUCCAAUUAGAGAUCUGCUUCCUCGAUUAACACCGAUCUUGCGAAACAGACACGAAAAGGUGCAGGAGAAUUGCAUUGACUUGGUUGGUCGAAUCGCUGACCGAGGAGCAGAGUUCGUUUCUGCCAAGGAAUGGAUGCGAAUUUGCUUCGAACUGCUCGAGAUGCUCAAGGCUAACAAGAAAGCAAUCCGUCGGGCCGCUGUCAGUACGUUUGGUUUCAUUGCUCGAGCUAUCGGUCCGCAAGAUGUCCUCCACACGUUGUUGAACAACUUGAAGGUUCAAGAUCGUCAAAUGCGUGUUUGUACUACUGUUGCUAUGGCCAUUGUUGCUGAAACUUGUGGACCUUUCACUGUUCUCCCAGCUCUGAUGAACGAGUACCGAGUGCCAGAAAUCAACAUCCAAAACGGUGUGCUCAAAGCAAUGAGCUUUAUGUUCCAAUACAUUGGAGACAUGGGCAAGGAUUAUGUCUAUGCUGUGACACCGAUGCUUGAGGAUGCGCUUGUUGACAGAGACCCAGUCCAUCGUCAGACUGCUUGUGCUUGCGUCAGGCAUUUGGCACUUGGUGUUUCUGGACAAGGAUGCGAAGAUGCUUUGAUUCAUUUGUUGAAUCACGUUUGGCCGAAUGUUUUCGAAGAAAGUCCCCAUGUGAUUCAGGCCUGUUUCGAUGCAAUCCAAGGCCUUAUGGUUGCACUUGGUCCGAACGUAAUCCUCCGAUACGUGUUACAAGGAUUGUAUCACCCUGCUCGGAAGGUCAGAGAGGUCUAUUGGCGUGUAUUCAAUACGCUAUACAUUUACAAAGCCGACGCUUUGGUUGCAGGGUAUCCCGUCGUUGAGGAUGAAGAAGAACACACAUACAAUCGAACAUCGCUUGAAUUGUUCAUCUAG